CGCCCGCUAUAAAGCGCUAGGGUUUUACGACUCGCCUCCUCCACGCCGCCACUCCUCCCAACUCGACAAACGCCGCGCCUCCGCCUCGAACCCUAGCCGAGCGGAGCAAGCAAGGAAAUGGGCAAGGGUACGGGCAGCUUCGGCAAGCGCCGCAACAAGACGCACACGCUGUGCAUCCGCUGCGGCCGCCGCAGCUUCCACCUCCAGAAGAGCACCUGCUCCUCCUGCGGCUACCCCGCCGCCCGCAUCCGCAAGUAUAACUGGAGUGUGAAGGCCAUCAGGCGCAAGACAACUGGUACCGGAAGGAUGAGGUACAUGCGUCACGUGCCUCGCCGCUUCAAGAGCAACUUCAGAGAAGGGACUGAGGCUGCCCCGAAGAAGAGUGCCGCUGCUGCCAACUAAGUCUGGAUGUUGCCAUCAAGAACCUCAGAAGCUAGAAGUUGGGACUUUUUGAUUGAUGAAUUGUACUUCUGAACUAUGUAGCCGUAAUACUAUGAAAAUACUGGUUUAUCGUGCUUUGAAUUAAAGUCAGACACCCAGGUGGUAUGAUGUAUCUUUUUGGUUAGCGUGAUUUAUUUAGUACCGUUUGAUGCUCAUGCAAUUGUCAUCGCUUGAAAACAGUUGUGCACGUUGUACCGCCGUAUUAGCGGUGAAAUGAGCUGCAGCAUCUUCUGAGUUA